GGUUGUUGCAUGCGUUGUUCGGGCGGGACUGACAAUCGUCGACCAACAUACGAGCUUUACAGUCCGUCGCAAGUCCCCGUCAAACACACCCCCGAAACACUCCCGACCACACACAAUUCCACCAAAUGGCGACACAAAAAGCCGUCGUCGUUAUUGCACCGGAGCGGGCGGGCUUGGUAUCCGACCGGCCCCUUCCCACCCUACGGGACGACUACAUCCUCGUCAAAACCGAAGCGGUGGCCUUGAACCCGACUGAUUGGAAGCACAUAGCCUUCCUCGCCGCGCCCGGCUGCCUGGUCGGGUGCGACUAUGCUGGCGUGGUCCAGGAAGUGGGAAAGGCUGUCCAGAAGCCCUUCCGGAGAGGUGAUCGCAUCGCGGGCGUCGCGCACGGCGGGAACGUCGUGCAGCACGAGGAUGGCGCAUUUGCCGAGUACAUCGUCGUCAAGGGGGAUGUCCAGAUGCAUAUCCCCGAGACCCUCAGCUUCCAGGAAGCUGCCGCGCUCGGCGUCGGCAUUGUGACCGUGGGGCAGGGACUCUACCAGAGUUUGAAGCUCGCUCUUCCGACAGCGCCCCGGGAGACCCCCGAGCCUCUCCUCAUCUACGGCGGGUCGACCGCGACCGGCACGCUCGCCAUCCAGUUCGCCAAACUGUCCGGCUACCGGGUACUGACCACCUGCUCGCCGCAUAACUUCGGUCUCGUCCAGGGCCUAGGGGCCGAUGCGGUCUACGACUACCACGAUCCUACCUCGGCGGCGGCGAUCCGGGCGGCCACGGGGGACCGGCUUCAACUGGUCUUUGAUACCAUCGCGAUUGAAGACAGCGCGAAGUACUGCGAUACGGCAAUUUCGACUCAGGGCGGCGAGUACAGCGCGCUGCUGCCCGUGUCCGUUGAGCGGGAAAACGUGAACAGCCGUUGGACGGUGGGAUACACGAUCAUGGGGGAAGACUUCAUGUUUGGCCCCGACUUCUGGGCGGCGCGGCCGGAGGACAAGGCGUUUGCUGAGGAAUUCUGGACGAUUGCGGAGCCCCUGCUGGCGGCUGGCAUCAUUAAGCCUCAUCCCAUCGAGGUGAAACCUGGAGGCCUCCAAGGUGUUCUGGAUGGGCUUCAACUGCUGCAGGCGGACAAGGUCAGCGGGAAGAAGCUGGUGUACAAUAUUUCGGAGACACCUUAG